CCAGACUUGCCGAGAAAUGGAGUUUCAGUUCUCUCUCAAUGACAUUCUAACCGAGGAAGUUACGCUGCUAGAUCACAACUUCAACUACAGAAGACGUUACCUGAAAUUCGCUCAAGCAAAUCAUGACGCGCAGUCGCGUUUAGCAACGGUUGUUAACUCGAUGGGGCAACGAUCUGCCGAGGCACAGGGUUUGAGGACGGCUAUUACGAGUGCUGAACGGUUGCAGUUGACCGAUCAACGGCUUUAUAUAUUGAAGGAUGCUGCUGCAAAUCAUGGCAAGGGAUGUGUGAUCGGCUUCAUCAAAGUGGGACAGAAACGGCUCUUUCUUGUGGAUCGAACUGGAGCCUUACACGAGGUAACACCUCUCUGCAUUCUUGACUUCUACGUCCACGAAUCAAGACAGAGACAUGGACAUGGCAAGCAACUAUUUGAACACAUGCUGACUGUGGAAGGAAUGAAGCCGUGGCAAGUCGCUAUUGAUCGACCGUCACACAAGUUUGUAUCGUUUCUUGCUAAACAUUAUCAACUGAGAUCUGCUAUACAGCAAUCAAACAAUUACGUUGUAUUCGACCAGUUUUUUCAAUGCAAUCCAGACGUCAGUUAUAAAGACAAACAAAAGGGCAACAGACUAAAUCACUACCAACAGCAGUACAAUGCGGCCGUCGGAGCUUCUAACUUAACCCCAAACCCUAUCAAACCAUCAAACAUCAGUUCUACAUUUAAUCCAACAUCAACUCAAUACCACAGCAUCACAUCAUGUCACUCUGGCACAGAAAUGACGUCAGUUGUCUCUGACAGACGUUGGUCUACAGGCAUCGUUCCUGGCUUAGGCAACAUGCAGACAUGGUCAGACCGGAUCAGAGCAAACAGUGGCAGUUAUGCUAACAGAAUGGAUGGCUAUCGGAUCAGAUCGUUUUCGAGAUACAAUUAGAAUGGAAAGAAUGACUUUAUUUGUAGUCGAAAUUUGUACCAUAUCUGUGUAUACGUAGCUCAUUCUGAUUUAUUUCAUUGUGUCAGGUAUUGCAGACAGUAUUUGCGCGCA